CAUUUCGAGCCAACAAGCGCCCGCCUGGCCUUCCCGUGUUACGAUGAGCCAUCAUUCAAAGCCAACUUCACAAUCAGCCUCACGCACAGCAACUAUUAUACUGCCAUCUCGAAUAUGAUGGUGCGUCAAAUCGAACCAUACAUUGACGUGAAUGCAGCGCUCGGUGGCAUUGAUGGACCAAUGUUGACAACGACAUUCCACACAACACCCGCCAUUUCUACUUACCUGGUCGCUUUUGUCAUCUCAGAUUUCGUUUACAUUUCGGAGGAAUAUCGUGGCGUUUUGCAACGCAUCUUCACCCCACCACACGUUGCAGAUAAGGGACGUCGAGCUUUAAAGAAUGCCGUGAGGGCACUGUCAAAGUUCGAAGACUACUUUGGUAUCGAUUAUGUCUUGCCGAAACUAGAUCACAUUAUUUUGAAGCGUAGUCCAGCUGCUAUGGAAAAUUGGGGAUUGAUUACCUAUGUGGGAGAUGCGCUCAUGCAUUGGGACGAUGUUGGUUCCAGCAAAAUGCAAUUCGAUGUUAUUGUGCAGAACCAUGAAAUUGCCCAUCAAUGGUUCGGUAACUUGGUGUCACCGGAAUGGUGGUCGUACGCAUGGCUGAAUGAAGGAUUUGCCACAUACUUUAGUUACGUGGUGACCGAUUUGCUUUAUCCCGAUUACAAAAUUAUGGAUUAUUUUUUGAUCUACGUUGCUGAUGACGCUUACAGUACGAUUGGCAUACGUCCCAUGACUUAUUACCUGGAAAAUAGUAGUGAAAUACGGAAAGUAUUCGAUUCUAUAACUUAUCAUAGAGCCGCCUGUGUAAUCAAGAUGUUCCAUCACGCUUUUAAUCAAAAGACUUUCGUAAGAGGCAUAAGUCAAUAUUUGCGAAAAUACCAGUAUAGUGUUGCUAAUGAGUUGAAUCUAAUCGAUGAACUUCAAGCUGCCAUUGCGACGGAUGUCACGUUCAGUCAAGCCGUCUGGAGUAAAAACUCUGUACGCGAUAUUAUGCUCUCUUGGACUCAUAGCAGUGCCAUACCGAUCGUGAGCAUUUCACGUGAUUAUGAAUAUAAUACCAUUACCAUAAAGCAACGAUCUAAGGAUCAGAGCUCUUUGGAAUAUUGGUGGAUACCGUUAAAUUUCGCAAGUGCAUCUGCACCGGAUUUCCAGCGAACGACCGUCGAUUAUUUCAUGCCACCCGUACCAGAGGUAACACUGAGUGCCAGUGAGUUGGGCAUAGAGUUGCGCAUCGACGAUUGGCUCAUCGUGAACAAACAACAAACGGGCUUCUACCAUGUGCUCUACAACGAUGCAAAUCUUUGGCUAAUCGCUAAGCAGUUGCACGACAAUCACACUGUUAUACAUCCACUCAAUCGUGCCGCCAUCUUCCAAGAUCUGGGGUAUCGCAUUCGAAACAAUAACUUGCAAUCUGUGGAUGUGAUAUUUAAAUUAUUAAGUUAUCUACAACAUGAGAAGGAGCUCGUGUUAUGGGUUCAAGUUGCCGAUACUAUUCUUUAUCUGUGUAGUACUCUCUAUGGAACUUCCUCGCGUCAAAUGUACACUAAGUUUGUGCGCCAGCUGGUGAAGCCUAUGUUUACUGAGAUUUUCGAAAAGCCGGUGCAACAAAAUCUCACAAAUACCGAAGUGUUUGCGAGAGAAAAGAUUAUGGAAAUAGCUUGCUGGGUGGAUUUGCCGGAAUGCCUAACAUAUACCCACAACGUAGUACGCGACCGCUUAGUAGAUGGUGAGGCUAGACGCAAUCAAAAGAAAUAUUAUGGCAAUAGUGAUUUCAGUGAUACGUUACUACUCUGCUUGGGUAUGAGAUAUCUUCACGAUGGGGAGUUUAAUGCAAUGUUGAAUACACUAUCCAACGGUGAUCGCGAUACACAUCCUUGGUAUGAUGAUCUUAUUUACGCACUACGUUGUACGCAGAAUCAGACGUAUCUACAGCAGUAUUUGAAUUUCUUGUUGGGUGAAAACUCCACCAAAAGCAUUAUGGACGAUAACGAAUCUAUGAUGUAUUUGGUAUAUAUGCUCAGGAGUAACCGUGCCGCACACACUGUGGUGUGGCAAUUCCUCGAACAUAAUUAUCAGGUACUUUGUCGUAAGGAUUGUUUUCUUAGAAUCUUCAAUCGAAUAGCGGAAUACGUUCCCCGAUCGUAUCUUGAACAGUUUAAAUAUUUACGCCAGAAAAUUGCUCUGCAGCCGAAGAAAGUGGAUGAGAAUGAAUUUCUCAUUGAUGUCGACUCGCCCAGCAUUGGACGGAGGGUUGAAAAAAGCGAAAUCUUUGUUCAGAAGUUUAACAAUCAAGUUUACGAGUGGUUACAGAAACAUUACGUCGAAGACGGAAUAAACACCGUCGCAAAUAUUAAACAAGUAUUUCCUCUCUUGAACUACGGCCGUUUGGUUCUAGAAAUGAUUCGUAACAAAUCGAAAGUGAGCGCGCUGUGCUUCGCUACACUGGCCAUUUUCGUUGCCAGUCUGACGUUAGCCGAAGCGACUAUAGGAUAUCUACCGCCAGAUCUUGAGGAAAAAAGUAGCGCAAGAAUCGCGGAAAAGGAAGCGGGUAUCGACUAUAAUGCGCGUGCCGUGGAUAACUAUCGUUUGCCGAACAACACCGUGCCUAUACACUACAAUAUCGAGUUGACAACUAACGUGCAUAACGGUACAACAAGUUUUUCGGGAAAAGUGCAAAUUAUACUCACAGCCACCGAGGAUACAAGAACGAUUGUUCUGCACGCUCGCCAACUGACCGGCUUUAUCGCUACCAUUCAAAAUGGAACUCUAGCAAACGCUGCGGCCUAUAAUAUGACCGUUUCUUAUGAAACAGAUCGAGAGUUUCUCUCUCUGACGCCAACGAACACUGCCAUCACUUUGUAUAAGAACACUACUUGGACAUUGACCAUUACGUAUACUGGCAAUCUGCGCACUGAUAGGGCAGGAUUUCAUAUACUAUCUUAUACCGAUGCACAGAAUAGACUACAUUAUAUGGCCACGACACAAUUUGAAUCUACGAAUGCCCGACACGCGUUUCCCUGUUAUGAUGAGCCAGCCAUGCGAGCAACGUUCGGCGUAACAAUCAGACACGAUCCCUCUUACAGCGCUUUAUCUAAUAUGCCGAAGAACGAAACUGCAAGCAGCACCGGUGUUACAGUAUUCCAAAGGACAAAUAUCACAAUCCCCACAUAUUUAGUUGCGUUCCAUGUAUCCGAUUAUGCUUAUACCGAAGGCUCACUGCACGAAUUGCCACAUCGGCUUUACUCGAAGCCACAAAAUGUUAGCGAUCAUCAAUUCGGUCUGGUCUCGGGUAUAUUGAUUUUACAGAGCUUAGCCGACUACUAUAACGUAUCAUUUGCGUUGCCACAAAUGGCGCAGGUGGCGGUGCCCGGAAAGGGUGGCGCAAUGGAGAAUUGGGGCUUGGUUACAUAUGGUGAGCAGUAUUUGCUUUUCAAUAAAACCACUUCGACGACCAGCACACAGCUUAGCAUUGCCAAUAUUAUUGCGCACGAGUUCACCCAUCAAUGGUUUGGCAAUCACGUAGCGGUUAGAUGGUGGACGUACUUGUGGCUGAAGGAGGGUUUCGCUACACUCUUCUCAUAUCAAGCGGUCGAUGAGGUUUAUCCCGAAUGGGAUGUCUAUCAAACGAUGCACACGUCUGACUACCAAUCAGCGCUGUCGAAUGAUGGUAUUGGUACGGUGGUUCCCAUGACACACUACGCACAAACACCCGCAGAGAUAUCGGCACGUUAUGGUACUUCUUCAUAUGCGAAGCCAGCUUGUGUGUUGCACAUGUGGCAACAUGCUCUAGGCGAUAAGGUCUUCCGUGCGGGUUUAAACAAAUACUUAACGGACAACGCAUUCAAUUCUACUGAGGAAUGGCAACUAUUCGAGGCCCUGCAGAGCGCUGCUAAUGAGCACCGUUUAUCUCUGCCAGCAUCGAUAAACGUCAUGUUCCCCACAUGGUCACAGCAAUCCGGUUAUCCGCUACUCACAGUCACUCGUGAUUAUACAGCAAAUAAGUUCACUGUACAACAAACUGCCUUCAAUGACAAUAGCACGGUUAAUUCGGGUAGAACCUACUACGUACCAUUCAACUAUGCAUCACGCUCCGAACCAGAUUUUCGUAACACCACAGCUACGAAUUAUCUACUCAACGUCAAGGAAAUUAAUAUUACCGAUGCAACAGUAGGCGCAACUGAUUGGCUGAUUCUGAACAAACAAUCUAGCGGUUAUUAUCGCAUUAAUUACGAUGAGAGAAACUGGCAAUUGAUUGCCGAGGGAUUGGUAGAGCGGCCACAAGCGAUACAUCCACGCAACCGCGCUCAACUGCUGUACGAUGCUUACAAAUUCGUUUCCACCUACCGCCUGCCACACAAUAUACUUUUGAAAUUGCUAACCUACUUGCCCGGCGAAGAUCAAUAUGCACCAUGGUCGGCGGCGAACGCUAUUAUCAACAAUUAUAAUGCAUAUCUGAGCGGCGAUGCGGAUUACGAUGAUUUCAAAUAUUUCAUUAAAUCGUUGGUCAACAAUACAUACGAACUGUUGGGUGUGAACGACGUGCAUGCCGAACCAUUGCUACGUAAAUAUACACGUAAUAUUGUGGUUAAUGUCGCAUGCUUGGUUGGUGUUGAGAAUUGCCUUACCGAUAGCAACAACAAAUUGAAAGCACUCAUCAGUAAAAAUGUUGCAAUCGAACCAAAUGUUCGUUCGCAGGCUUACUGUAAUGGUCUCCGACAUUCCAGCGAUACCGAAUACAAUCACUUCCUCAAUGAGUUGUUCAGUUCGAGCGACGCAACCUAUCGCAACUAUUUACUCAGAGGUUUAGGUUGUUCUCAAGACAGUAAACAAUUGGAAAGAUAUGUGAACAGUUCUAUUGAUCAGACUAAAUCGCUGACCAGCUCUGAGCGGACUACACUCUUGAGCACGGUUUAUUCACGUGGCUCAACUGGACUUUUGGUUAGUAUUGAAUUUCUCAGCAACAACUUUGAAACAUAUGGAAACCUUUCGGAAAGCACUGGGGCCGCUAACCCGUUGAGUCGGGAUAUAGUCAGCAUGAGCAAUUAUGUGAACAACAAGAGUCAGGAAGAGAAGCUCUUGGCGCUUGUGAGUAAGGUGAAGACCAGCAACAAAGUACAAGCAAAUCUAGAGGUCACAGUUCAAACCAAUAUGAACGUGAAUUUCAACUGGUUGAACCUAAACAGCAAGCAGGUUAUAUCCUUCGUGAAAAGUUAUCGCAGCAGUGCCAGGUCCGCGCUGAACGCUUCACUCCUGUCGGUGUUCGUAGCAGUGGUUAUGACACUUUCUCGAUUUUUCUGAGAAGCUGCUCUUUACCCGACGUAUUCGAACGUACUGAAGCAAUAAACUCUAGAAAUAAGCAAACAAAAAAUGGACUAAACUUUAA